AGAAAUCCUGGGCCAUUGUACCUGCCCGUCCCAGUUCCCCAUGGUCAAAGUCUCGGAGGGCAAAUACCAAGUCGGAGACUCCAAUGCACUCAUCUUCGUCCGAGUUCUCCGCAGCCACGUGAUGGUGCGUGUAGGAGGGGGCUGGGACACAUUGGAGCACUACCUGGAUAAACAUGAUCCCUGCCGCUGCACUUCCGUCUCUCACCGUCUGACCCAGAGUCGGGGGCUCGGCUUCUCCCCCCAGAAAACGAGUGGCCUGGCCAGCCCCCAGGCAAACAGCCCCACCACUCAGCGUCGGGCUGAAACUACGGGCCUGCAUAAAGUCUCCGAGACCCACAACUUGGGGGAGAAACGGCUCUUGGCUGGAGGGGACCCGUCUCUCCCCAAAGGAAACCGUCCCGUCCCUCCCACCAAGAGGUCUGGGACGGCUACCCCGCCGAGGCAGGGAUCGCUGACUCCAUCCAGUGGGAAAUGUAGCGCGUCAGGACAGAGGGGUGCCAGCCCUUUGAGGGGGUGCACGUCCCAAGCCCACCAGGACACAGUAGAUUCCCACCUUUCAGUCAGGUAAGGAGGGGGGGUUUGCAUCUUGAAGGCA